CCGCCUCCUUGGGACCCCGGGGCUGCGAUGAGCCCCUGCGGGCGGGCCCGGAGACACACAUCCAGAGGGGCCAUGGCAGUACUGGCGUGGAAGUUCCCGAGGACGCGGCUGCCGGUGGGAGCCAGUGCCCUUUGCGUCGUGGUCCUCUGUUGGCUCUACAUCUUCCCAGUCUACCGACUGCCCAAUGAGAAGGAGAUCGUACAAGGGGUGCUGCAACAGGGCACGGCGUGGAGAAGGAACCAGACAGCGGCGAGAGUGUUCAGGAAACAGAUGGAAGACUGCUGUGACCCCGCCCAUCUCUUUGCUAUGACUAAAAUGAAUUCCCCCAUGGGGAAGAGCAUGUGGUAUGAUGGGGAGUUUUUAUACUCAUUCACCAUUGACAAUUCAACUUAUUCUCUCUUCCCCCAGGCAACCCCAUUCCAGCUGCCCCUGAAGAAAUGCGCGGUGGUGGGAAAUGGUGGGAUUCUGAAGAAGAGUGGCUGUGGCCGUCAAAUAGAUGAAGCAAAUUUUGUCAUGCGAUGCAAUCUUCCUCCUUUGUCAAGUGAAUACACUAAAGACGUUGGAUCCAAAAGCCAUUUAGUGACAGCUAACCCCAGCAUAAUUCGGCAAAGGUUUCAGAAUCUGUUGUGGUCCAGGAAGACAUUUGUGGACAACAUGAAAAUCUACAACCACAGUUACAUCUACAUGCCUGCCUUUUCUAUGAAGACAGGAACAGAGCCAUCCCUCCGGGUUUAUUAUACAUUGUCAGAUGUUGGUGCCAAUCAAACAGUGCUCUUUGCCAACCCCAACUUUCUGCGUAGCAUUGGAAAGUUCUGGAAAAGUAGGGGAAUCCAUGCCAAGCGCCUGUCCACAGGACUCUUUUUGGUGAGUGCGGCUCUGGGACUCUGUGAAGAGGUAGCCAUCUAUGGUUUCUGGCCCUUCUCUGUGAACAUGCAUGAGCAGCCCAUCAGCCACCACUACUAUGAUAAUGUCUUGCCCUUUUCUGGCUUCCAUGCCAUGCCAGAGGAAUUUCUCCAGCUCUGGUAUCUUCAUAAAAUCGGUGCACUGAGAAUGCAGCUAGACCCAUGUGAAAACACUCCACUCCAGCCUACUUCCUAGGGACCAUGGGGAAAGAAAGAACUGAGCCAGGGUAUUUUUGUUAGAUUUUCUACAUGACUCCAAAAGGAAAUGGUCAAAUCAUUUCAUGGAUUCACAUGCGUCACUUGGAAAAACAAAACAACUACAAAACCCCAAGAGAAACUCUACUUUUGAUGUUGGCUUGAAAGACAACUGAAAAAUGAAACAUCUAUGAAAUAUUUCGUAGCAUAUUGUGGAUUUGCAACUAGUAACAUGCUGAUGGAGUAAUGUUGGUAAGGCACAUUUACAUGGUUCGGAUCUAGAAGGUGCAGUCUACAAACAAGACAGAACUCUAGCCGUUGAAGCUGAGCAACUAGUCAAGGUAGAAUAAAGGAAAUGCCAGGGCAAAGUGUUACUGAUUAUCAACACAAUCUGGCUUUAAAUAAAACCUAUCAUAUAUCAUAGAACAUAGGUUUUUAAAAAUUAUUAUUUAUUUUUGCCCUAUUUAGGGGCAGUGAGUGGGUGAUGAGGUAGAUUAAAAAUAAAACAACAACCCUUACUGAGUAAUAAAAAUACAAAAUACUACAGCUAAUUAUUGUGAUUUGUUGAAUCAAGUCAAUGUUAACUAUAGUGUCCCUCCAUUUAAAAAAUGUUAAAUAAGAAUUACUGCCUCCUCUUUUGUCAAGUCUACUUAGACCAUGUGAAGCAUUGUUGAAUUUAGACUGUGUUGAUUCAUAGUCUGGAUAACGUGAGCCACUUUCUCUCCUUACAGAAUUGAGGGCAUAAACUCCAUUUCAGGCCCAUAUUAUUUAAGCCUUUUUAUAUGAUUAUGUUAUUUUAGUGCAAAAAGACUGCAAGUAUGAGUGCAUUAUUUAUUUGCAAAUUGGCAUAAUUAUAUUCAUAAUUUAAUGCUCAGAGAUGAAGUAAAGCACAAUGAUAUAAGGUUUUAGUCUGGAAACAGACUGGAUGGCACAUCCCUUUUCUAUCUAUCAUGAUAUAUUCACUCCGAAAUACAUGCAAACAAGCAAAGCAUGCAUAUACUCAUGAACACACACUCACACAUACAGUUAAACAAAGCUCAUACCCAUACAGCUAGGAAAGCUGAACCCCCAUUAGUAUGGCAAAAAUCUGUACCACUGUCGAAGAGCUACAAGCGUGUACUAUGUACUACCCACCUCACCUUGAUAAAGGACAGGCCGGCCUCCUGCUGCUGCUUAUAGUGCUCACACCAGCGUUACCCCCAAAUGCUUACCCCCAAAUGAGCAGAAUUGUCUUACUCAUUCUGACUCUCCCUAACAUGUCACGAACACACCUUGUGUUGAGCAUGGUCACACGAGGCAUGGUUCAUACAAGUAAAGGGAUGUGAGUUUGUAGAUGUAGGUCCCCUUGGUAGGAGCAGGUAUGGCUACUCAGAAAGCUUUCUACAUCAGCUUUCACACUUCAGACAAACUCUGCUGACAGAUUACAAGCAGCCAAAUGUGUUUACAGGUAAAAGGAAGGCAAAAGAAGCUUCUCAUUGUCUCUGUUCUUUGGAAUGCCUUAAUCUAAAAGGAGACACUAGAAAUCACUCUUUUCAUUCUUUUUCCCCCGUUCAUUCUUUUAAAUGUCACCAGAAUGUUGGUAAACUAUGCCAAAAAUUUCUACUUCCUUUUUAAUGGCAGAGACUUAGUAUACAACAUAAAGCAGGUAGCAGGUUUUGGUGAGUUAAUUUAAAAGGUACUGAGUCACUGAAGCCCUUGAAAAAAUUCUACAUCACUAGAAUAGCCAAUUUCUAAAUAAGAUUGAAUAUUGAGGUUAGUAUAGAAAUCAGCUGUUAAAAAAUGACUGGUUGACAUAACACAGACUAUACUGAUACUUGGGAAGUUAAUAAUUUGAGAGUAUUGAUUCCAUGCAGAACUGAUUUGCUAUCUUGAUCCUAUAUUGCUGCAAAAAGGUACUGGGACCCUAGUACGAGUGAGUUAUAGUAAAUAUGCACUAUAUGUGAAACCCUAAACCUAUGUCCUCUUGAGAGCUAUUGUUAUUUAAUAAUUACCUUAAAAAGGAAUACAUUUGUACCUAUACACUUCAUCAAAGAUAAAAGGGCUAAUGAAAAACAUAUAUGUCACACAAAUUAGUACUUUAACUGAUAAAAUUGUUAACAUGUAAUUAACGAGCUCCAUAAAACCCAUACAUCACAGUUCCACUGAAACUGCUAUUUGGACAUUUUACAUGUUAUUAUGAUUUCUGAGAUAGUUUUAUAUAGUAUAUCAUGCAAUUUUUAGUCUACACAUUUGUGUCUUCAGAAAGGCAAACAGAAAUGGUCCAAGAUGAUAAGGUUUACUUAGACCAGUACUUCUCAACUGGGGUGAUUCCCCUCCCCCAUCUGGUGACAUUUGGCAAUGUCUAGAAACAUCUUUGAUCGUCAUGAUUUGGAAGGUGCUACUGGCACCUACUGGACAGAGGCCAGAGAUCCUGCUAAACCUUUUACAGUGCAGAGGUCAGCCCCCAUAGCAAAGAAGUACCCAGUCUAAAACAUCAAUAGUGUCAAGGUUGAACAUGCUGGAUUAGACCAAAAGAAUACUUUGAUUGCCCCAAAUUGUUUUCCUUUAAGGAUAUAUAUACAUGCUCACAUCAUUCAAAAUAUGACUAUAAUUGAAUAAGAAUGUUUUCUACUGACAACUCAUAGGUAUGCCAUACAUAUUCCCUUUUUUGUGGUUAGAUAAAUGUACCUAAACGUAGAAGUGUGUGUGUGUGUGUGUGUGUGUGUGUGUGUACAUCGGGACAUUGUAGCAUAGGCUACGCAUAUCUGUCCUUUUUGAAAUACAUGUGUCCCUAAGUGAGGAUCUCUCCAGAAUUACCUUGCAGAAUAGUCUGGAAUACUCUAUUACUAUUAGAAAAUUGAAUUCUAAGCACUUAUUAUUUUGUUUAUCUGAAACUGAGAACUUCAGAAUUGGGCCUCAUUCUUUGCUAAAUUUGGUCAAUUACAUUUUAAUACUACUGGCCUUUAACGUUAGCUGAAAAGAUGUGCAGUUUAUAGUAGACACAGUAAGAAAAUAUUUCAUCACUUUCAAUGCAUCUGCAGGAGAGGAAGUCAACCUCUCUAUUUUUCAAAUUGCUUUUUAUUGACAAAAACUAGGUUGCUCCAUGGGGGUAAAAGAGGAGGUGAAGAAACUGAAAACAGGUACCUGAUAUGAUUUUUGACUUUUAACAGCUCUGAUUUGAGAAUUACAUUCAAUCUAAGGAUCAUGAAUAAGGGUGACUCCAUUUAAUUUUAAUCAUACAUUAGCAAAAUUAAGAUGGGUGAAGUCAUUCUCAAAAAUAGAAAAGUGAUUUUUAUAUGAAAUAUUUUUAUAUGGAAGAGGACAAUGGAUACAUAUGCAUUAUAUAGAGUAUUUGACCAACAGUUUAUGUAACACUGCAUCUGAACUGCAACUAAUACAUGAGGAUCAGGAGUUCCCUUGGGAUUUUGUUUCUAUGUAGUUCACUUAUUUUAACAAGGUAAAUAUUCCAAAAUGAUACAACUGACCCCAAAUAUCAGAUGUUCAGACAAUAUCUAUUUGGGUUUUUGAUGUCUCAUGACCUUCUCUUGGCUACAAACUUUCUUUAGGAUAUAUACAAUCUAUACAAGAAGCAAUGGGCAACGUAGUUGAACAAUCUACAUGGAAAAUAAUGGAAGAAAUCCCAGGACUCUGAAUUUGACAAAAAUAGUCUUAGAUUAGUCAAAAGCUCUAUACAAGUCUUAUAGACUAUUCCAAAUAGAAAAAAAAAAUCAAUGACAUUUCUUCUUGUCAGCAACUAUCAUAGUUUUGUAAUAUUAUAUAUAGCUUUCUAUUUCUUUGCAAAAUCAGCCAUCUGUAAUUUUAAUUUUUAUAUUUAAAAAUAUUGACUUUUUGAAAUUUUUAACCAACAAAUUCUUAUUAGAUGGGACCUAAGAGGAUAAAAGGUCACAGUCCACCAAAAACUUUAGGGAAUUCUUAUUCUUAUAAAAACUUUACCACAAGAACCAGGUAAUAAUAUCUCCUCUGUUUAUAAAGUUCCAGAGACCAAGAGCUGUAAAGACUUCUGUAGGAACCGCAGCACAAAUAUGGGGAGGAGUAAGGAUGAGAGCAGUUCUGCGCUUUUAUUUCUUCUCUUCCCAGGGUAGAGGCUGGCCCUCGGACGAUGACUUCUAGUGAGCACACAUCAGGAAGCGGGUAAACAGCUACAAGACACUUGGAACUUAGGUCAAGCCUCUAGUAAGGUCUGUAGUAACUAAAACUAAAUAUGACCCACAUUUUAGCAAGUUUAGUCCACUGUGUGCCAGGGAGAGGAUGAGGCAAGUGGAAGGAGGAGACAACCCUACCCCCAAGUUUUUAGUACAUAAGGGUCAGAACAGUCUCUGCCUUGACCUUGGCUUUCCAGCAGUAUCUAUUUCUAUUGACUAUCAGGGAAGCUGGCUUGUCUCUGGGGGCAAGCUAGUAGUCUUGUGACUGGUGAGUUGGUGUGGAGAUUUGCUGAGAUGCUUGAAUUUUUACACUGCUGUAAACAGUUUUUUUUUUUCUUAAAUUUGUACUCUCUAAAUUUGGGUGUCCUGUGACUUAAUUCUGGUCACCCUGACCUAAUUAUGGCACUGUCAGUGAUUAUUAAAAAUGGAGCUUUUUUUCUCCACUCAGAUGAAUUUUCUAAGUCCUUGAAGUCAGGGAGAUAGCAAAAAUAGCUGACUUUUGACUCAAACAGGCGUGAACUGCAUGGGUCUGCUUAUUCAAGGAUUUUUAAAAUACAGUACAAUACAUAACUGUGUUUUCCUUAUGGCUUUCUUAAUAUUUUCUUUUCUCUAGCUUACCUUAUUGUAAGAAAACAGUAUAUAAUGCAGAUAACAUAAAGUGUAUGUUAAUCGACUGUUUAUGUUGUCGGUAAGGCUUCUGGUCAGUAAUAAGCGAUUAGUAGUUAUGCUUUGGGGUAGUCAAAACUUGGAUGCAGAUUUUUGACUGCAUGGCAGGGUUGGGAUCCCCAAUCCCACAUUGUUCAGGCCUCAGCUAUAUACAGCGAGUUUCUGUACACUCUCUUUAAAAGCCUACCGAAGCCUACAGUGUGUGUUGGUGACUCCUAACUGUGAGGGCAGAAUAUUUAGGUUGAACACUGUAAGAGUCCUAUUUUGUAAGAGGAAAGACACUUAACAUGAAGCUACAAUUGUUGUAGACUUUUUCCUUCCAAUCAUAAUAAAAUGGAUACUAUUGGCUUGACCCUCAGCCUAGAAUUUACCCUCAGUCUCUUGAAAUUUUUACCUUGAAUUUACCUUACCUCCUAGAGGUAAAGGAUCGAAACAAGUGUGUGGAAGGAAAGCUCAUUCAAACAUAACACAACUUCUGCUCUUCAUCACAAUAAGGGGAAAGUAUAUGUUUCUGUUUGCUUCUUCUGAUUUCCUUCUUUCUAGUGCCAACAUUUCUGAUUUAUCCUAUCUCAAACUAAUAAGACAUAAAUAACUUAUUAUAUAUAUAUAAAUUGACAUAUAAUACCUGUGAACAUUUGUAUGACAACCAAAGUCCAUGGCUGUAACUUUUUUAAAGCAUAAGAGAGGAAUCAUAUUUUGUUUAUGGUCAUUUAUUUGCCUACCUCCUCUGUGUUCCUAUUGAUUGCUACACUGUGCUAAAAUUCUUUGAAUUUUGUUUUUUCUGUUAAAGCUGUAAGAUAUAAUCAAUGAUGCAAAACUGUCUGGGAGUUUUAUAGAGUAAUAUUCAAAUAUAUUGAUCAUGUCUCUUUCUGCUUCUAUAUAAUUAGAUUUCUCCAGUUAUUUGUAAUGUUUCACAUGAUACCAAUAAACAUCUAAGAGAUGUGAUUUUUAUCCAGGGCAGAGAAAUUGGGAGUCAGAUGUGUCUGUUUGUCUCUGCAUAGUAAGCGACAUGAAAAGUUGUAAUAAAGGAGGGUUUAACCAAAAUUAAAAAGAGAAAGAGAAAAUCAGGAUUUUAAUUGUGAAGGACCACUGAGAGGAUCUUAGUCUGAAGCUCAGCAGAGAGCACAGAGGCUGUUGUCCUUGAGUGCAGUCCCAAGAAUAGAACCUUUUAAAACCUUUGAAAGAAAAUAUAUUAUUAUGCAGUUAUUAUGGCUCAUGAUUAGAAGACUCAAGAGGAAGCAGUGUGAGAAAAAGAUUGUGAGACACGUAGGGAAGAAAAUGGAAGCGUGGCACCUGUUUACCUACUUGGACCCUUCUGCCCCUCUCUGAGUUAUGCUUUCCUUGGUGUCUAUGUUGAGAUACACAAACACUGCCAUUUUCAUACCCCCUUUUAUGUCCACUUUGACACAUACACAAGAUUAUCAUUUAGGUCUCCUGUCAUGAUGAGGCAGCAAUGGAAGUGUAACUUUGAACUUGACCCUUUGAAACAUGCGUGAUGAGAGAAAGAUUUAGAUGCAUUUUCUCCUCUCUGUUCUAGUGUAAACAUAUGCAUGUGUGCAUGCGCGCACGCACACACACACACACACACACACACACACACACACACACACACCCCUUGCAUUAUUUAUGCCCAUUGAAAAGAGAAAACUGGCUGGCCAGGUGGGGGUGGCAGAGGGUGCCUUAACUUUUUCUGGCUUGGCUCCCAGUUCCUUUUGUAUUUCCUUCAUUUACCUGUCUCUUUAGAGAUGUAGCUAUGUCUGUUCCAAGUUGUAUCUUUACCAUCAGCAAGAACUCUUAUAAAUGUAGUGAAUGUGACUAUUUUAUAUAAAUGCACAAUAGUAUAUAAGCCUUGGAGACGUCUGAUAACUGUAUGUAAAUACCCUUUGUUGAAGUCGUAGAACCUUCUCAUAAAGAGCUCCUUAGGUGAUAGCUACAGGAGAACUAAAAUGAUUAGAUUCAAAAUGUGUGUUUCUCCAGCAAAUACUAGCAUUCUUGGAAGCAAGGAAACAAUUUGUUUCUGUUUCUCAUUCACUCUUAAGCACCAAUUCUUUGGGCUUUCUUGUCCAUAAGUUACUAUAGUCAUCCCUCUCAUGAUAUACCAGAUUCACAAUUUGUGGUGAUUGAUGGUCAUAAGGGUACAUCGGAGUCAGAGACAAUAGAGGGAAGGGGAGAGAACAGAGAAGGAGAAGCUCCAUUGAAAAGCUUGUUUAUUUUUUAAAAGUCUGGAACAUUAUUAGAAUUCUACCACACAGCAUAAUGGGUCUGAAAAGUUUUGAAAAAGUUUCUCGCUGGUCUCUUUAACUUGAUUAUUGUAGCUUAUAUAUCAUUCCACAUAUGU